CUUCGCACCAGUUUUAGGGCUGUGUAUCUUGCGCACAACCAGGCGAGGUUGGCUGGAAGAAACAGGCAGAGCAACAAGCCAGACUGUUGCUAAAGGACGUACUCUGCACUUGACACCAUGGAGGAAAAUGAGCGCGGCUGCAAGACCUUUUCGCCCACGUCCGGUUUUCAGCGCUUUAAUUCGACUGAACUACAUCAAACCCAAGACAGCAUGGAGGCUGAAGGGGGAGAUAACUUUAUGUGAGAUUCAGUUGGCUCUGUUAUUUUGAAUGUGCAAGGAUCUUUCCCAGACUGUGGUCAGAAACCUGAUGCUCAGUCCUGACCAGCCUGAGUCUGACCUGCCCUGGGGACAAGUCAACAGAGAGACCCUUCUGGAAACUUUCAAUGUGCAGUGUGGGUCAAUGCCAGCCAAACCUGAGGAUGGAGAGGGCAAGGCAUGUACCGUGCACAUGCCUGCCCUCAGCAGGGAAGAGAAGAGGCGGAAAAGGCGCGCGACAGCUAAAUAUCGAUCAGCGCAUGCCACCAGGGAACGUGUGCGUGUAGUCUCCUUCAACCUGGCCUUUGUGGAGCUAAGAAAACUGCUCCCAACACUCCCACCAGACAAGAAGUUGUCUAAAAUUGAGAUCCUGCGACUCGCGAUUUGUUACAUCUCCUACCUCAACCACGUGCUGGAUGUUUAGGCUGUGAUGACCAACAGGAAGAAGGACUGAGGCAGGAGGACUGUUUGUAUAGCAGCUGAAUGAUUUCUUAAUAUUGAUACCAGACAAUUUGAGAAAGGCCCUGUAUAUGGUUGGUUAUGCAACACACUGAAGAUUACAGUGCAUCCUAAUUUGGGGACUGUCACAAUGAUUGUUCAUCAUGGGAAACAGUUGCUUCAGGCUUAAUGUCAUUAAAAGGAUGAAAAGAAUGAAAAUAUUUUAAAAGCUGCUGUAUAUAAUAUAUGUUCAGCCAAACUACUAAAACGUUGCAACAAUCACCUUAAAUUUGCUGCCUUUGUCUUUAGUUGGGACUUACUGUUUGCACCAAUUUGUAAACAUAUUCAAUUCAAUUACACAAAAAAUAGUCAACUGGACAUUUGUGUGCUUUAAAUAAAUUGUGACAGCUCAAGAAAUAAUCAAGAAACAUGUCUGAUGCUGGUUUGAUGCCAGUUAUGUUACGUUUUAGAUUUUAUCUUAGAUGGUGACUUCUGAAAGCUCUUUUUAAUUUCAAUUAAAACCAUUAAGGGACACUACCAAACAAGCUGUUCCUCCACCACAUAAAUGAGGUCUUGGUAUUUGUUGGGUUUUCUCUCCCUCUGGAUG